AUGCAAGAGACUGAAGGAAAUAUCAUCUGUCACUCAGCGCGGUUUGAGACAGACCCUCUUGAGGAGGAUUCAUACAAGUCUGAAACCGCUCAAGAGACAACUGGCGCUUCAUCUAAAGAUAAGUCUACGACAACGAGUCAACCAGAGCCGGAACAGGCUCUCCCACCCUUGACUCCUCAAGAGUUCCGGAUAUACAACCGUUUGGCUGAACAAAUGGAGUAUUUUCACGACCACUUCCGCCAAAUCUGGAACCUACUCUACACAGCCUGCGCCAACAACCGCCGCCCGGGCAACCUCACCCUCAAACAAUUCCACGAUGAAGGCCUGCGCCUGGCUCGCUACCUCGAAACGCACCACACCAUUGAAGAAACCUACCUAUACCCCUUGCUAGCGCGAAAAAUGCCCGAGUUUCGCUCCUCUCUGCCACCUUCCCAUUUCCGCAAGGGCAAUUCAAAGGGUGGGAAAAGCAAAGGCGAGCAGUGCGAGCUGAUAAGACAACACCAGCUUAUUCAUGAAGGGAUGGAGGAGUUUGUGGAGUAUCUAGAGAGGUGUAAGAGAAAGGAGUGUGAGCUAGAGCUGGGGGUGCUGAAGGAGAAGAUGGACUCGUGGGGGGAGGUACUGAUGAAGCAUUUGGAUCAGGAGGUGAGGGAUCUAGGAGCGGAGAAGAUGAGCCGGUAUUGGACGGUCGAGGAGAUGAGGGGGUUUCCUAUUUGA